AACCAAACCUCAUUGUGGAGGGUCCACGUCAGCUAUCACCCCAGGUUUGUUUAAGGACAACACAUAAAAAAACAUCAUGGAUUUGUUGUCCCUGUUGGAGGUGGCCUCCAUGCCCAAUUUACAGGUCCUCCUCAUCUGUUUAUUGGGAGCUUUCUUAGCCACUGAUUACUGCACCCUUUUUCCUGCCCACGCUCGAACCUCUCUCAAUAAGAUUGUGUUUACUGUUUUCACUCCUUGUCUUAUGUUCUCAAAUUUGGUGAAAACAGUGACAUUUGAAGACAUUGUUUCAUGGUGGUUCAUGCCAAUCAACAUUGGUCUUAACUUCCUAAUUGGAGGAAUUUUGGGAUGGAUAGUUGUUCAAAUCUUGAGACCCGACCCAUCUCUUGAAGGCCUCGUCAUUGCUGCCUCUUCUGCAGGUAACUUGGGAAACCUUCUCCUCAUCGUCAUCCCUGCUAUCUGCAGUGAGCAUGGCAACCCUUUCAGCGACCACGACACCUGCACUUCUCUUGGUCUCUCUUAUGCUUCCUUUUCCAACGCGCUAGGUGGGUUUUACCUCUGGACUUCUACCUACCACCUUGUCAAAACCUCCUCAUUGCGACUGAAAGCACUUGAGCAGUUCAAAGCACCCGACCACGGCUCCAAUGGCGACUUGCAAACCCACCUUCUCAAUGAUCAAAAUGGAGAACAAGCUCACCUUCGUCCUGCUUCAGUCUCAUCAACCAAGACCCUCCAACAGGUUGAAUCGCAAGAAGCCGUGGGCAAUUUAGAGAAACGGGAAGCAUCAUCCGUUUGGGCUAAAACGUUGACGUUUUUGCGGAUUCUUAUUCAAGAGUUGAUGGCUCCUCCAACAUUAGGAGCGAUGGUCGGAUUCAUUUUUGGAGCAGUGGCAUGGCUUAGACAUCUCGUUGUUGGAGACAAUGCUCCAUUUCGAGCCAUGCAAGCCGCUGCUAUACUACUCGGAAAUGGGGCGAUCCCGUGCACGACUCUGAUACUAGGCGGGAACCUGAUUCAAGGGCUGCGAUCGUCAAAGGUGAAGGCAACGACGAUCCUCGGAGUGAUUGCGGUUCGGUACUUUGCGCUGCCGGCGAUUGGAGUUUUGGUUGUGAAAGCGGCGGACAGGUUAGGAUUUUUGGCGGCGGAUCCUCUUUACCAGUUCUUGUUGAUGAUUCAGUACGCGACGCCGCCGGCGAUGUCCAUUAGCACAAUGACUCAGCUGUUCGGCGUUGGUCAAGAGGAGUGCUCGGUUAUUCUGCUUUGGUCCUAUUUGGCUGCAGCUCUUUCUCUUGCUCUUUGGUCUGCACUCAUCAUGUGGCUCUUGUCUUGAUCUCCUUCUUUCCAUCACUAUGCACAAACUUAAACAAUUUAUGGGUUGGUUUCCUAAUACCACAACCAAAAUGCUUCCAUACUA